AUGGAGACGGAUAUGACGCAGCAUGUGGGAAUCGUGGAGACUAUGAAGAAGGUGCCGGUGGUGAAGGAGAACAAGGUGGAGGUGUUGGAGAAUAAGGUGUCCAUGCAUCAACCAGUGGUUGAACGUUGUACCAGAAACUUUUGGACCACAGAUGAACACAGGCUCUUUCUCCACGGGUUGAGGGUCUAUGGCCGUGGAAAGUGGAGGGACAUAUCCAAGAACUUUGUCACCUCCAGGACUCCGCUCCAGAUUUCGAGCCACGCACAAAAGUACUUCAAGAGGCUACAGAAAGGAUCAGAGAAGCAACGCUACAGUAUCAAUGAUGUAGAGCUAGACAAUAAUGACCGAAUGAAUACAGAGAAUAAUGCCAGGCCUAGCCAGAGAGCUGCUGCAAUACCAACAAGCUCUUUCCUACAGGUUUCAUCAAACCCGUCCAUCACUAUGGAUAAUAUUGGUCAGUUCAAGUUUCCUUUCUAG